AUGUGCCUCAAGUUGUCACUAAGAAGAGAACACCAUCUUGGGCGUAUUCCUUAUUUCCAUUUUACUUUUUCUAGAAUUGGAAAAGAAAAAAGAGUAGAGCCAGGAACAGAAAAUAAAAUCUUAUUAGGAGUGCCAGGACCAACUGCAUACAAUAUACCAUCAAGAGUAAUUGAAGGACCAAAGAUUAGUCUAAGUCCAAGGAUUGAAUCAAAUGUAACAGACAUUGUGAGGUUAAUUCCUGGACCAGGUGCUUAUACCCCUGCAUUGCAGAAAAGAGCUGACUUCAGCUUCUCCUUUGGUCUUAAGCCAGUUACUGAUCUUCACGUUAAAUAUGUCAAGAGUAUCCCAGGACCAGGGGCAUAUCAUCAGAACUUUAAGUCAAAUUUUUCAAAGAUAGGUGCAUCACUUGAUAAAUCUGUAGCUGAUUUAUCGAACAAGACUGUCAGAUUAGUGCCUGGCCCAGGAGCAUAUGAGCCAUCGAACAUUUCUUUGAUAUCUAGAAACUCAGCGCCCAAAUAUGGAUUUGGAACAUCUGAUAGAAGGGCAACAACAUCCCAUGAAAGUACUAAAAGCAAAAGAGAUGGCUAAAUAAAUAGCUCAUCUAUUUUACCAGGACCAGGUCAGUAUGAACUUAGAAGUAUUGUUGGAAAUGAAGGACCUAAAAAUUCACUCAGUUACAGAUAUAAAGUUGAUUAAAAAGCAAAAGAAGAUUUGCUGAAGCCAGGCCCAGGCUAGUACGCUCCAGAGUUAAAUCAAGUCAUCAAGUAAAGCCCUAAUUAUAAGAUAGGUACAAGCAAGAGAGAAAGUUAUUACUUGAAAGAGCGGGAUAGGACAUUACUUCCUCCUCCAAAUGUCUACAGACCUUAAUUUGAGAAGAUUAAACGCAAUGCCCCUUCCACUGGCUUUGGCUAUGGUGAUCGAGGCUAUCUUAAUAAAACUUUUACUGACACCAUUCCAGGUCCAGGUAACUAUCAAACUCCUACCAAGUUAGGCGAGGGACCCAAGUAUUUCAUUGGACAGAAACUUGAAUCAAAGAGAGCUCUCAUCCUUCCCAGUCCUGAUAACUAUAAUCCUAGGUUUGACACAAUACAGAAAAGAACAGGUAACUAUACUGUUGGAAGAGCAUAAAGAAUUAGUCCAGAGAAAAAGAAUAAUGUUCCUGGGCCAGGUCAGUACUUAAACCAAGACAGCCUAACUAGUUUCAAUGUGUCUCCUAAGUAUGGCUUUGGAUCAAGUUCCCAAAGACCACACUUUAAAGAGUAGGCACCAGUUCCAGGACCUGGCGCUUACAAGCUAAAGAGCACCAUUGCAGAUGUUCCAGCUUAUCUUAUUCCUAAUUAGAAUGAAAGCUACAAAACAAGAGAAGUAUCAGCAUUUUUUGCCAAGAAAGGAGUAAUCGCAGGUCUAUUCACAAUGGCAGGAAUUCUACUAGCAAUUUUCUUCAAAGAUACUUAUCAAUCUUACAAAAUGAAUAUUGAGCCUCCAGUAGGAUCCAACAAAGGAGACACAUAGUUUUUGGAAUGGCAAAAGAACUAGCAUAAAAAUGAAAGAGAUUUAUACCUUGGACUCAGUACACUACUGGCUUAAAUGUAAUAAACUAAGAUUUAAAAUGAUUUUAGAUUCUUGAGUGGAAUGUCUUAUUGGAUUGAUAAAUACCACAGAUACCAAGAAUUCAAAGAAAAAAACAAGGAUGAUUGA